AUGUGCGAGAUGCUGCAGCGCAAGGGCCUGGGCUCCGGGUCGCGAACUGGGCCUGACAGUUUGACAGUGAUGCACUCUGGUGGUUGGUGGCUGGUGGUUGGUGGAGCGCGAGUCGUGGGCGGUGUUCGGAGGAGGCGCGCGUUGAUUGGAGGCAGAUCGGGAAGGACUUCAGCAACAAGGACGAAGAUAUUGAGUUGGGCAGCUCGCCUGUUUAAUACCUUCCGACCUACCGAUGCGUGCCAAGCGUGCCUUCCCCCUGAGCUGGCGCUAAGCCCACUGCGUCACGUGUCGCGGCUGCCCAAAGCCUGGCAGUGCGCAGCGAGCCUGCGCCCUUGCCAUGCACUCGCUGCGAAUCGUGUCAACGUGUCAACGUGUCAACUUCCAGCGCGCCUCUUCUCGCAGCGCUGCUGUCGCCGCGUGCCAGAGCCGCGGUACCGUCGCCAGAGGCCAAGACGGUGGGCGGCUCUGACGACCAUUCUUCGCCGCAGCGGCCCAUCCCUGUCGCCUGGUCCUAGCUCGCCUGCUCCACCAAAAUUCUGUGCUCAUUUUUUCGGCUGCACCCAUCUUGCGCUCUGCUCCAGGCAGCGACACACACCACCCAGCACCGCAGCCUCGCCGCGUACCACCGCACCACCGCACCACCGCGAAGCCGCCAACAUGCCCGCCGCCGUUUCUUCUCGCACACCCAACGCCUCCAAGGCCUCCAAGGCCGCCCGCGACACCGCACCGCCGCCCAAAAAAGCGAAGCUCGCCCCGUCGCCCGCUGCAGCCCGCCAGAACGGCCUCAAGUCGCUCCUCAAGGGAGGUGCUGCCAAACCCACAGCGAAGCUCAAUGGCGCCAGACAUGCGCGCAACGCAAAGGUCGACGAGUCCACGGCCGUCGUCGGCGGAGGCCAGGCCGGUCAUGGUGACGGUGACGUCGACAUGGAGGAUGUCGCCAAGGACGUGAUUGAGAUUAGCAGCGCAGACGAAGAGAGCCACUACUCAGGCUCCGACGACGAAAAGGACCACGCAGCACCUGCUGUCGCUGGCGAGCGAGACGACGAGGACCGCCCAGUGGACGACGAGACUGCAGACCCAGAGGAGCUCUCGUUUGGAGACAGGCUGCGCGCACAAGAGCCCGAGCCUGUGCAAGAGUCGCGCAUUGUACAUGUCGAGACCGCAUUUGGCGCAGACGACUCGAGAGCUUUGGCAGCAGCCUCGGCCAACCGCCCGCUCUCUGCACCGUCAGCCUCAUCUCUGGGAACCGUUCUCACCCAAGCCCUACGCACAAACGACCAAGAGCUGCUCGAGUCGUGUUUGCGAGUCAUCGACAUCGACACCAUCUACGCCACAGUCGAGCGUCUGCCCUCGCCCUUGGUCGGCAACCUGCUGCAGAAGCUUGCUGAGCGCCUACACAAGAAGCCCGGUCGCGCAGGUGUGCUCAUGGUCUGGGUGCAGUGGUCGCUUGCCGCACACGGUGGAUACCUCGCCAGCCAGCCUCAGCUGGUCAGGCAGCUUGCCACCCUGAACAAAGUAUUGAAAGAGCGCGCAAGUGGGCUGCAGCCUCUGCUGUCACUCAAGGGCCGUCUGGACAUGCUACAAGCUCAGCUUGAGCUGAGGAGAAGAAACCAGAAGAAGGCUGCUGGCGACGACGACGAUGAGGCUGUCAUCUACGUCGAGGGAGAGGACGACUACGAGUCCUCCGUAGACGACGAGGACGAUGCGCCCGACAGCACACGAAAGAGGAUACGGGAUGUGGAGGACGACGACGAUGAGAGCUCAGACGACGAGAUGCCUACCACAAUGGAGGUUGACGAAGACUCCGACGAGGGCAGCGAGGACUCAGACGGUUUGAUUGACGACGAGGCUGAGGAGACCGAUGAUGACGCGGGUGAUGACAUGUCUGAACCCAUGAGCGACGAUCUGGAUGACGGCGAGGGUGUUUCGAGCGAAGAAGAGGCAAAACCUGCGAAGCGGUCUACAAUCGGCCGUGCUGGUUUAAAGAGCCGCCGCUAA